AUGCACUCGUUUAUUAUUAACUGCCUCGACAACACCUCAGUCAUCUGGGGCAUACGGGGCAGUGCAGCAGCCUCCUCAAACUGGGCCUACAACCGCUGCCAUGAGCUCCUCAGACAGCACAAUGUCGGCCUGAAGUGGGCUCCUGGGCAUAUGGGGAUAGAGGGCAAUGAGGAAGCAGACCGCUUGGCUAAGCGGGCAGUCUCAUCCACUGCAGCCCCAGCCUAUGGUCUCGAGGCCACACCCACAGUCAGUGGGGUCCGCACAGUGGCCAAGCAGCUCAGCCAAGAGGCAAGGCAAAAGUGGUGGAGUGGAGCCUGUGGCAAGCUCUCUGACUGGUACCGGGGCUGGAGUUUCAGCAGGCCGACUGUGGAAUACCAAGUGAAGGCCCCUCCGGAGCUCACCAUGCCACGGCAUGCCCUUCACCGCUGGCUCGCACUCCGCUCCUCUCAUGGGGACUUCUCCUGGUACCACAGGCGUUUCCAGCAUGCAGAUGCGAGGCUCACCUGUGUCUGUGGACACAACAAGAGCCCAGAACAUUUGGUGCUCUGUCGACACUCACAGAGGCACUUUCUUCACUGGCCCAAGAGGCCAGCAGCACGGCCACACAACCGGGCGACAGCUGUUGCCUAUCUAGGGUCUCUGACCCCUACAGACUUUGUAGAACUGCUGGACCGCACGCAGUUCUACACACGGUACUGCACAAGUAGUAGUGUUGUUCAGCGAGAGUAUAAUGGAAAGAGCUUUCCUCAGUUCAUAUGUAUUGGGGCUAUAAUGUGGUUCUCUGAAAAGACCGCCGCCGCUGUAUAUAAAAGGCUUUAUAAAAAAGAUAGAAAAUGUGUGUUUUGA